AUGCCGACGGACAUGGCACUGCCCCUCUUCCUGUCACAGGCGGACUUUGCCUACCGCAGAAGCCCCCAAGACCGGAGCCCCGCCUCCAGCUGCCGUGAGCUCACUUCCAAGAAGACCAAGAAGCAUGUGACUUUCGCGGACCAUCGAGGCCUGCCCCUCACUCGGGUCAAGGUCUUCUCCCAGUUCAAGGACGCCAUCCGCAUUCCCUCCAGCGUCCGCCUCGUGCCAUCCAACCGGGACGAUGACGACGACGAGCUGGUCCUGGAUUUUACCCAGCCGGCGUCCGACUACGUUCUGUUCCGCCAGAAUCUGGACAGGAAGUGCGUGUGCCUGGAGAACUGCGUUCUGAAGGAGCGGACCCUGGCGGGGACGGUAAAGGUCAAGAACUUGUCCUUCGAGAAGCGCGUGCGGCUGCGUGUCACCUUCGACUCUUGGGAGAGCCACUCGGACGUGGAGUGCGCCUACGUCAAGGACUCGUACCCGAGCGCGUACAGCGACACAUUCUGCUUCAGCCUGGCUCUGCCCCGACUACUGUCCCCCCACCGCCACGUGGAGUUCGCCAUCUGCUACCAGGUGGCCGGCGCGGAGUACUGGGACAGCAACCACGGGCACAACUACCGCAUCCUCUGGUCCAAGGACAAGCGGCGCCGGGACGGCGAUAGCCAGUUCGACUUGGGCGUUCACUUGGACGCCUUCGGCAGCCUCACCUGCGGACACGGAAUCCUCCCGGAGUGGCCCAGCUAUGCCAGAUAUGAGAAUGUGGGACCUUACUACUGAAGGGGGCUGCAACCUGAGCAAAUGGGCAGAGGUCACCGACAUGUUUUUCGACAUGAAGAACAAACACGGAUGAAUUGAAAUCCAAAACGCUGCUAGGUGAUGUCAUCACGUGACAUUUGUGUGGUCUUUUAAAUAAAAGAUGUUGGAUGUUUUAAGUGAACGAAAAGCUUUUUUGAUAAUAAAGACGAGCUCUUUUAAAUGUGUUGGAAGUCCACCGGAUUGACCACGGUUAUAUUUUCCUUAUUGUUUUUACUUGUUGCAAAUAAAACUUUUGAAGUUAUUGCUUCUGAA